AUGUCUCGUUUUCUCUUUUAUCCCCAUGCACGUGGCGUUAUACAGCGACUGCCAGAGCAUUACAAAAAGAGGUAUUUAGAGAAGUAUGCUCAGAAUGCAAAAAUAUCAUACUUUGAAGACAGCAACAAUAACUAUCCAAAAGAAUACUUUGAAAGUCCUCCUAAAGUCAUUUAUCCAGAGGAAUCGCAACGAGCACUUUGGGGUGGCGAGGGAAUCGUAACAGGCUUCGAUGAGCUGAAAAGGACCCGCACUAAAGUUCCAAAAACAUGGGCUCCCGAGCUGCGACAGCAUGUAUUCUACAGUGAAAUACUUGACCGCUGGUUAAUGAUUAUAGUGUCCCUAACUGCGCUAAAACAAAUUGAAAAAUUAAAGGGCCUCGAUGGUUAUCUCUUAACGACUCCAGAAAACGAGAUCAAUAGUCGACUUGGGAUGCAUAUUAAGCGAGAGCUUCUAAUGACACUGGCUAAUUCAGACUUCCAAGAAAGGAAGCCCAAUAUUACGUCCAAAUAUGCUAAAUUUAUUGUUCCCCUUGAAGAGGCAGAAUGGAUCGGAUUGACGCUAGACGAAGCAAUUAAGAAGCAAAUGAAAAUAGAGCAUACAGCUGAGAGAGCAGCAGUAUCGGUGCCCAAAAAGGUCGCCUUCGCAAAAGAUCUGCUCAAUCACCUUGAUUCAAAAACUAAACAUCCCCAAUCGGGUCGUCGAUGUGACGACGAGUUAGGAAAUCCAGAUGAGGCAUCGAAGCCAACUCCACCGAAGACAAGGCAGAGAAUUGUUCUGCCGGACUUGGUCUCUGACAAAGUUCAAUUGUCAACAUCGAUGGAAGAGGCCUUACCAAAAAAAGUGGACACAUACUAA